UACUAGCUCCGGAAGUUCAUCGCCGGAGGCGGAAGACUUAAAAAUUGGGCUCGGGAUAUAUCAAGACUGCAAAAGUUGUCUCAGUAGCGGUCAAUAUCCAGCACCUGAGUAGAAUACAAUCAAUCUAUCUUUUCUUGCUUUCCACGCCAUCACGAUCUCACUUGCAACAUGACUGCCGCGCCUCCUGCCUACUCGACCGAUGCCCCUCCUUCCUACGAGGAGGUCGUCAGGAAAUUCGAAGGUCUUAUUGGGAACAACCCUACUGCGACCGGGGUCUUCGAGGCGGCAGCGAAUGGCUUGACAAAGGAGGACCUUGAUGUUCUCAUCGCGAACCAUGAGAACCCUCUGAACAGCGAAAGAGAAAAGGCUGAUUUCUCGCGGGGUGUAGCCGAGACUUCCUCGGCAAGCGAGCUUCAAUCCUCUCUUGUAAUCUCCGCCAAAGCAGCAGCUGCCACCGCAGGAAGCGUUCGAGGCAAGUUUGACGGGCUGCAAACCAAGAUUGAACGGAUUGAUCUGCGCUGGGGAACCGAAUGGGCAGGUGAUUUCAAUGGAAUGCAACGGUCAUUUCAGACGGUCAUUAAUGAGAGUCAGGACGUCGCUACGAGGACAUACACCUUUGCAAGGAAGUUCGAUAACCAAGACAUCUUGUACUGCGACGAUAGUAGCAAGCCCAUGGCGGACCGCAAGACAAGAAUCCAAAGCGUCAUUACUGCCGCUGAAGACUUGAAGCAAAAAAAUACAGAUAUUACCUCACGGUUGACUACGGUUGGCUCGAAUUUGAGUACCUUUACCGAUGAGUUUAUUACCUGGGCGAAGGACAAGGAAGGUGAGCUGAGCAGGGAACUGGAGAAAAUCAAAAGAGAGCUUGUCGACCUUCGAGGCACACUCGCUCAAUUGGAGACUGCUGCCGAAGCCGUCAACCAUGCUGCCCAGGGUCUUUUGCCAAUAAUGGAAGGGCUGGCCGCUAUUUACCCCCCAUACGGAACACUUAUCGCACUUGGUGGGCUUCUCAUCGCCGGUGUGCAACUCGCCACGACUACUGCCCUUAUGGUUCGUAUUAGCAGCGUCAAACAAGAGAUUGUCGAAAAGACUGCGAAGCAGGGACAACUGGAGGCCGAUUUGGAACAGGUGCGGGAGGCUAGAGAGGGGGUUGAAGGCAUGGUUUCUGCCAACCUCAGCUCUUUCAGAGGAACCAUUUCAUCCAUGACAAGUACCCCCACUGCUAGUAUCACGGAUGCGAAGCAGAUUUUGCAAUGGCUGGAGAAUGGGGCGCCUGAAGAUGAGCGACCUCCCUAUAUGAGCUUCAAUAUCAAGAAUAGUGCGAAAAGCUACUCAUCAAUGGGCGGCUAUUUGAGGGAGUACGGACGGGGCAUACAACCUUUCUGCACUGUUCAGACACCAAUUCCCGAGUAAAGUCUGCGCACUGUCCUGAGCCCUAAUAUGGUACCUCAGUAUGUAGUACUCCGUACGUACUUCAUAUGUGUCUUCAAGGUUCUUAGUUUGUACAGUCGUUUGUAGCUAGCUAUUCUGCGAACUCUGAGGAUCUCUCUACUGUGCUUAUUAUCAAUUUUAGCAAUCCUACCACGAGUGA